ACCCAGCCGGGCUUCCGCUGAAUCACCCCCACACCCCCCCCCUACGGGGAUGGGGGACCCGAGGGGGGGUAGGGGGACCCAACCCCACCGCAUCCCGGCAGGGCAGGGGGCCAGCCCACCCCUCCCAAACCCUUUCCAGACCCCCGUGAGGCCCCCUCCAGCGGCUCGGAGGCCCCCAGCUGCCUCCCACCCAUGCCAUGAGUUGCUGGGUCUCAGCCCUGAGAAGGCUGCCACCGCCAUGUCAGCCGAAAACACCGUGCUGGCAGAGGAUGGGCAGGAGCUGAAGAGCGUGGUGAGCCGGGUGGCCAGCCUGGCCCUGGUGAGCUGUGCCUGUGGUGCCGUCUCCACUGCCUAUGCCUCCACCAAGGAGAGCCACCCCUACGUCAGGUCCGUCUGCGACGCCGCCGAGAAGGGGGUGAAGACGCUGACGGCAGCGGCGGUCAGUGGGGCACAGCCCAUCCUCACCAGGCUGGAGCCGCAGAUUUCCACCGCCAAUGAAUACGCCUGCAAGGGGCUGGAUAAGCUGGAGGAGAAGCUGCCCAUCCUGCAGCAGCCCCCGGAGAGGGUGGUGGCAGAGACCAGGGAGCUGGUGUCGUCCACCGUGAGCGGUGCGGUGGGCAUGGCCCGCGGCGUGGUGCAGGGUGGCGUGGAGAGGACGUGCUCGGCACUGAGCACCGGCGUCAGCACUGUGGUGGGCUCCCGCAUGGGCCGGCUGCUGGCCACCGGUGUGGACACGGUGCUGGGGAAAUCAGAGGAGCUGGUGGAGCGAUACCUGCCAGGGACGGACGAGGAGCGGGUGGUGGCGGCAGGUGUGGAGGUGGCACCGCCAGAGCGGCAGAGGCGGUGGCAGAGCUACUUUGUCCGCGUGGGCUCGCUCUCAGCCAAGCUGCGGCACCGAGCCCUGCAGCGCUCGCUGGGUGAGCUGCAGCGGGCACGGCACAGCGCCCAGCAGGUCCUGGCCCAGCUCCACCACAUCAUCGAGCUGAUCGAGCAGGGGCGUCAGGGCAUGGAUGGGUCCCUGGUUAGCGCCCGGCAGCAUCUCCACCGCAUGUGGCUGGAGUGGAGCCAGCAGUACACCAUGCCCAUGGAGGAGAGCAAGGUGGAGAUGCGGACGCUGGCCAUGCUGCGCGGGCUCCUGCACCAGCUCCAUGCCGCCUGCACCCGCCUGGCCGCCAGUGCCCGGGGUUUACCCAGCAGCGUGCAGGAGACGGCAGGACAUGUCCGGCACAGCAUGGAGGGCGUGCAGGCUUCUCUCUCCCACGCCCGCUCCUUCCACGACCUGUCGGGUUUGGUGCUGGCGCAGAGCCGGGAGACGGUGCUGCGGGCACAGCUGAGCAUCGAUGAGCUGCUGGAAUACGUGGGGCAGCAUGCGCCCCUGCCCUGGCUGGUGGGACCCUUCGCUCCUGCACUGGUGGAGUACCCGGAGGAUGUCCCGGUGGAGAUGGCCAAGUGGGAAGGAUGUGUCACCGUUGGGGGGACGCACCAGGUACCCGCUGCCACACAGCUCUGCAGCCAGCGCUGAGCCACUGGCAACGCCAAACGGGGAGUGCCCGCCCACUGCAGCGAACCCCAUCCCCGCUGGGGACGAGGUGACGAUGGACUCGGUGACCCAACGUGGGACCUCUGAUGCCACAGCCAGGGAUGCAUUCAGGGAGGGAGGGGACGGUGGCACGAAGAGGAUGUGGUGCCCAGCCCUGCCCGGCGGGGGUCCAGGGGUUCCUGCAGUGUCCCCAAGCCCAGGGACCCUUGGGAUUUCUUGUCUUAGCUGCUUCAAAGCACUUUAAAAAAAUAAACAACUUUUUAGGCCCUAAAA